AUGUCGGUCAUUCGAGACGGGGAUGCUGCACCCGUUUGGCAAAUGGUUUUCGCUGCUCUCUUGGUCAUCACUCUGCCAGAAUCUGUUGCUGUGGUGGCAUUUUCCAGCAUGGGGGUUGCACCACAAGUUGCUGAGCACAUGGCAAGCAGCACAGCUGACCUCGCAGGUAAUGGACUGGCUGGGAUGUGUGCAAUUCUGUUAGCUUCUGCUUUUGUGAUUGAUGCUCAUCGUCGGCCAAUUUGCAUUAGACUGACGGUAGCACUUCUGUCCACGUGCUGCUUCUUAGCAGCCGCAACGCUAAAGUACAUCAGCUACCCGUGGCUGGGUGGUUUCGUGUGCUUCGGUGUGGCAGUGGCAUCAGUUGCUUAUAUUCGCGUGCACCAUUUUAAGCCAGCGACGGUUCCAGGCCAAGACUUUUUCGGCGCAGUUGCCAUGAGUUUCGUAGUGGCUGCCUUUCUGCUCAUAUCCACCUGGAUUGGGUGGCAAGGUGUCACUGACAACACUUGGAGCUCGUCAACGAGAGGUCGCCUCGCGAUCAACAAUGGCGCUGUGUACAGCUAUAUAUACGGAAAUGAAUCGUGGGAGUUCCAGAACUACUGCAGCAUCAACGGUACCAGCGUAAGUUUGCCGGCGAAUUUGGCGGAUGAUGAAACCGCAGCCAUAGAAUCAGCAUGCCAGAAGUCAGAGACAGUUUGGUUCCUGCAGUGGGCAGCACCUUGCGUACUGGGAAUUUGCAACUCCGUAGUCGCCGGGGUAUGUUGGGUUUUUGCUAAAGCAGCUUCGGCUCUCGAGCUUGAACGAGAGGGCGAUGUGCAGCAUUUCCAGAAAGUUCUCAAAUUAUGUGCAUCGCUGAUUGUCCUUAUGCUUGGAAUGAUGUACAGUGCGCAGUACGUCUCCGGGGCAGAUGUUACUGUAAGCUCUGCGCUGCUUGCACUGGGAGCCGGAUCCAUGACGGCGAUUUUGCUGUUCAUGUUGCUCGAGUUCGGGUUUGAAAGACUUCACCAAAGUACUCAACAGGAUGGCUUGACCAAAAGCUUGAUUGCAAUAGCCAAGUCUGACUGGAUGAAGGCCUUGGUGAUUGGUGGCCUGAAUGUGUUCGUCCCCACCCUGGCCAUACUAGAUAGGCUCAGGCAAAGAAUCCGACGAUGCACAGGCCUGGCCCCGAGCGACGAUACGUCUCCAUUUACCAAGGAAGGUCGCCAGAUCAUUGGCGAGAUGACCAAAUGGACUUGGUGCAGUAUUUUUCAGAAGAUCGCCACGCUGGGAGAAAUUUUCGUUUCGCUAAUUGUCGGCAUGAAGCUCACCUAUGUGUUCUUUUCCUGGUUGAACGAGACACUGGCUGCUGCAGAGUUGCCAUUCGCAGUUUUGGCAGUCUUGGUGCUGGCUGUCGCCUUGGUAAUGUUCCUGUGUCCAAUCGUACCUGGGAGUGCUGUGUAUUUGUUCUCUGGUGUGAUCUUUGGCGCGCAGUCACAGCUGCCAGGGUCAGUUGGAUUUCCCCUUGGAGUCAUCUCCGCUUCUGCGUUAAGUUCUUUGGCCAAGCUGAUUGCUUGCUGCCUGCAGUACGGCUUGGGUUAUAUGAUGGGCAAGUCAGUCAAAGUGCAACAGUUCGUUGGUGUUGACAAAGUGUCAAUUCGCGCAAUGGAACAGAUUCUCAAGCAAAAUGGCUUGAAACCUGACAAAGUUGGCAUUCUCGUAGCUGGUCCGGAUUGGCCUACAAGCGUUCUUUGCGGCAUUCUGAGGCUGAACAUCCCCCAAAUGCUGUUAGGAACCACCCCAGUUAUUCUGGUAAGCAUCGCGCCACAAGUACUCGUGGGUGCAUUCCAGACGCUGGCCGACGGCAAAUCUGGAAUUAUGGGCAUGGUUUCCAGCUCUGUUACUAUGGCAGCAGCUGUUGUUCAGGCACUUGCCAUGUUCUUCGUCAGCUAUCGGAUUAUGAAGGUCAUUGAGGAGGAUGGACCAGCCCUUGCUAUGCCACGCCCAGAACAUGAGGCGGUUGCAGAACUCACUCGCAAAGAGGCUGUGUACACCGAGGCAUUGCGCCAAGCCAGUGAAUGGCCCAAUAUGAAGUGCGGUCAGAAGUUCCUCGCAUUCACUUCAGCAGUGUGCUUGCUACUGGCAGGCUUCCUUCUGUCCACCGACUUUAUACUUAGCGACAAGUUUUGUUUCAGAAGCUUCAGCAUCACGAGCAGCAUCGGUGCAGCGAUUGAAGUUGGCGGCUUAAAUGGCAACGUGGCGAAUCUUGUUAUGUUUGCAGGCUGGCUGGCAUUGGGCAUCGCCUUCGCUGGGUUUCUGUUGCAUGUGGCUCUUUCAAAGUGGCUGGCCCAUGCUGCUCGAUCUCACCUCCGCAGAGAUUCCCCGGAUCAGCCGAAAGGCUCAACCAUUGGGAGGCCUCUCAAACGAGACACAGAGUGA